UCUUUCCAAUGCUCCAGGUGCAAUCGUUAAGGGGAGACUAGUAUAGAGACUAAGUACUAGCAAGAAAAUGGCGGGGAAUAGUGCAGAUCUCGUGGGGAAAGUUCUCCAGGGAACUUGUGGUUGGUCGGAUUCGUCGAUUGUGAAGUGCGGAAGGUUUUAUCCAGCUUCAGUUAAGACAACAGAGGACCGUUUACUGCAUUAUUCUAGAUUUUUCCCUUGUGUUGAAUGCGACACGAGUAAUUAUGCGAUUCCUAGUCCAAUGAGAGUGGAAAAAUGGCUCAAGUGCGUUCCGACGGGUUUCAAGUUCCACUUCAAAGCAUUUGGAUUAUUUACAAGGAAGUCAAUCUCUGUGUCAGCACUACCACAUGUUGUCAGAGAUGAGCUUCCACAGAAUGUCAUUAGAGGACAAAUGUCAAUCACCUGGGAGGAAUUAAGUUUACUGCAAAAACAGAAGCUCUGGGACAGAUUCAACUCUGCUAUUCUACCUGCUUAUCAGAAAAACAAAUUGGGAGUUGUCAUUUUCCAGUUUCACUUAGGUUUUCAUCCUACCAAUGAAAAUAAGGAGCACAUUAUGGAGUGUAGAAAAUUUCUGGGUGUGAAUUAUCAUAUGGCUGUAGAAUUUCGCUCAAGAGUUUGGUUUACAACUGAGAAUUUACAUACAACCCUGGACUGGUUGAAACAGCACAAUAUUGUUCUGGUGGUUGCUGAUGAACUGCAAAGUGAGCUCUAUGUUGAAAAGAACAAAUCAGCAGAAGGACAAGGGAAGGAGUCAGGUUGUGGAGGAGUGGUACCGAUUAUCAUGGCGCUUGGGUCAUGUGACUUUGCUUAUGUCCGCGUGCAUCGCAGAGUUGGGAAACAACGGGUCUUAAGUGAAGAGGAGAUCAAGAGUUGGGGAAAGCGCUUACGCUCGCCUGAAUUGCAGAAUUCAAUACAAGGACCAAUUUAUUUUAUGUGGGGAACAGAUCAUGAAGAUCAGCCAAUCAUUAACUCAAAGAACUUGACAAAGGAAAUAGGAAACAUGGCGUACGAUUGGAAAAGCAAGAUCUCCAACACUGGCAUGUUACGGUUCUGCUCAAAAGUUCCCACAACACCAGAAAAACAAAAGAAUGAAAGUUCCGUUUUAAGAAAAUCGCUUGUCAUUCAAAAGGACUCACUUGAUACGGUGGCUUCUGAAAAAGAUGAUGACGUUAAGGUAUCUGAAACAAUCAUAUCUGCUACAACAGAGUCCGAAGGGUCUGAAAGCAAACGUCCCAUGCCACCCCUCGAAGAGUCGAAAUUGUGCUCGUCUGGUUUGGCCACCAAACGAACUUCAAGUCAAGCAGGUUUAUUAUCUCCCAGAGAAAAGCAUCCAUCACCAAGCUCGAAAAAUCAAAAGAAAUGUUCCACACCAAACAACCAGAGAAUGAUAUCUGAUUUCUUCAAGAAGUGACUUUAUUUUUCCACUUCUGAGAGA